AUGCACACAUCUAAUAACUCCGAGAGACUGGAAAAAUGCGAUAGAAUCGGGCGGAUCCCGUUGUGUACAGACGACGAUUAUGACUUCCAAAAAGUCGAUAUACUCGAUGAAAUGUACAAAAAAAGCUACACAAUAUUCAACGAAUUACGCUCGAAAUGUCAGCUGUGUGACGUGGCGUUGGUGGUGGAGAAUCGGAAGUUAUCGGCGCAUAAAGUGAUACUCGCCGCAACGAUACCAUAUUUUCGAGGGAUGUUCACUCUGGAUUUGAUGGAAGCAAACAUGAAAGAAAUCGCUAUUGAAGACAUGAACUACGAGACGGUAGAUGCUCUGCUGUCGUUCGCUUAUACUGGAGAGCUGAGAAUUUCUACGAGUAAUGUCCAAUCGAUAAUGAUGGGUGCGAACUUCUUUCAAAUGCUAGAAGUGGUACAGUACUGUGGAACAUUCUUGCUCACUCGAUUACACCCGUCGAAUGCCUUAUCGAUACGAGAGUUCUGUAAGAUGAUGUGCGUCGAGGGCAGUAUCGCGGAAAAGAUCAACGACUACAUUCAGAAACACUUCUCCGCCAUCUCCAAAGAUGACGAUUUCAAGAAGUUGCCACUGGAAGAUACAGUGGAAUUGUUGAAGAACGACAAUUUGUAUGUUGAUUCGGAAGAACAAAUAUUCGUGGCCGCGAUGGAAUGGCUGAGAUUUGAGGAGUCGAGGCAUGAUGACGCUGAAAAGUUGGUUUGA